AUGUCUGUUUCUCAAAAGAGAAAGAGAUCUGAUUCUCAAACGGAGUCUAAGACCUCGAUAGACUCCACUGAGAUCUCAUUUCCCAGAGGUGGUGGAUCUGUGUUGACUGCAUUGGAGGUCAAAGAAAUCUCCAAUGAGGCCACUAGAGAUGUUCUGUUUGAGUCGAAGAAGCAGCAUCAGGCUUCCGCUGGUGUUGUUAAAAAAAGAAAGGGUACCAAAGGUACUGCAGUCAAGGUUGCCACUGUCGAAAAGGAGAAAGAUGUCACUGUUGAUCACUUGGACUUCAAGACAUUGGUUCCUGGCAGUCAGGUGCUUGGUCAGAUCGUACAGAUCAACAAGAUGGACCUCGUGAUCUCUAUCGCUGACAACUUGGUUGGAUUUGUGCCUAUAACAUCUAUCAGUCAAGAAAUCACUGAACAACUAGAAGCCUUGCAAGAGUCUGUUGAAAGUUCAGACGAAGACUCAGAGGAGGAGGAGGACAACGAGGAGGAAGAGCCAGACAAGAAAAACUUUCCAAAUUUGAGCGAGAUAUUUCAAUUGGGCCAAUGGCUUAGGGCUACUGUUAUAACCAAUGAAACAAAGACCAAGAAGAAGUCUAAGAAGAGAUUGGAGUUGAGUAUUGAGCCCUCUAUAGUGAAUUCCAACGUCGCGGAAGACGAUAUUACUCAAGGAGCUAUAAUCCAAGUUUCUGUCAAGUCAGUCGAGGACCAUGGUGUCAUUUUGAAUACAGGAAAGGGAACUAAUGGGUUCAUUUCAAAGAAAGAGCUAGAUGCUGGUUUGGUGAAUAUUCAAGAUCUGCACCCCGGCUCGGUGAUACUGGUUUCCAUUGCAUCCAUCAACUCCAGAACUAUCACCUGCAAGAUCCCUCAUGGCCAGUUGAAAAAACAAGGCUCUGUUUCUACUAUUGACUCCAUCACAUCUAUAAUCCCGGGUAUGCUGGUGGAUGCGCUGAUCACAGGUUUGAAGAAAGACGGUAUUGUUGCCAAGGUAUUUGGUCUUGCUGACUCCUCUAUUGGAAUGACCCAUCUGGGCGUGUAUGACUUUUCCAAACUCAAGGAAAAGCACCAGAUUGGUUCCAAGAUCAAGGCCAGAGUAAUUGCUUCUUUCGUGUUGCGCGGUGAAGCCAAGCUGAUUCUGUCUACUUUGCCUCAUGUGUUGUUCCUCAACAAAGAGUCAUGGGACAAAGAAACCAAGAGUGCCCCACUGGAGUCUUACCCCAUUGGCAAAGUUGUUGAUGUCACCAUCAUUGGUAAGGAUGGAACCUACAUCUAUACCCAAGUGGAAGGCUCUCUUCUCGGACAGGUGCAUUACUCUCGUGUGUCUGCCAAGGCUGACCUAGACAUGGACUUCAAGAUCGGAAGCGAACAUAAGGCCAGAGUCUUGGGAUACUCCUGGGCGGACAAUGCUUUGACCCUGACUCUGGACAAGAAACAGAUCGAGCAGAAAUAUCUGCGUGUUCAAGACAUACCUAUUGGUGAAGCUGUUGUUGGUGAAGUGGUCAGACUGAUCACAGACAACGGGCUCAUUCUGAAGAUAUUCGACGACUUCGAGGCCUUUGUCCCAAGAUCGCACAUGUCUGAUAUCAAGCUGAUCUACCCUGAGAGAAAGUUCAAGAUCGGUUCGAUGGUCAAGGCCAGAGUCUUGAAGUUGAUGUACAAAAGAGGAAAAGCCAGCAUUUUGUGCACGCUCAAAAAGUCGUUGGUUGUAACUGAGGAUGAAGACAUUGUUGCAUCGUUUGAGGAUGCUCAGAUUGGAAAGAGAACUCCAGCAACGGUCGAGAGAAUGCAACCAAAUGGUUGUAUUGUGGCCAUGUUUGGCCAGAUGAAGGCUUUCUUGCCCAACUCCGAAAUCAGUGAGACCUUCGUAAAGAGACCCGAGGACCACCUGAGACUUGGACAGACUAUCCGAGUCAGAAUAAUAUCAUCCGAUAGCGAAGCCAAGAGAACUGUGGUGAGUUGUCGUAUCUCGGACUCGUUAUCUCAGACACAACUUAGUGCCAUUGAGGAAAUGAUCCCCGGUAAGUCUGUCAUCAAGGUGUCCGUUGUUGAGAAGGAAAAGGACAAUGCCAUCGUUGAGAUGGAAGACUCCGGAUUGCGUGGAAUCAUUGCGUUUGGUCAUCUUUCCGAUAAGAAUUACGAACAAAAUCGCGCUUUGCUCAAGAAGACCGAGAUUGGCUCAACAUUGGAAGCCGUGGUGUUGAUGAAGGAUCGCAAAUCAAGAAUCCUCACUUUGAGUGCUAAGGAAUCGUUAGUGAAAGCUGCUAAAGAAGGACUUCUUCCAGCUUCGUUUGAAGAGAUUUCAAUUGCACCCACCACUUUGCACGGUUUUGUCAGCGGAAUCACCAACAGUGGUGUUUUUGUUGCAUUUGCUAAUAAGCUGACCGGUUUGGUUUUGCCAAAGUAUGCAUCAGACAAGUUUGUUGAUAAUCUCAACUCUCUUUUCUACGUCUCUCAGUCAGUGAGCUGUCAUGUCAUCAGGACGGACAUUGAAAACAAGAGGUUCUUGCUCUCACUCAAGAGCAAAGAAACGGACAAGGACUCGGAGCCAGCGAUUAACCCAGUUGACUCCAAGGUUAAAACGAUCUCAGAAUUUGUUCCUGGUUUGAUCACGAAGGCUCAAAUCAAGGGGAUUAAGGCCACUCAGCUCAACGUUCAGUUAGCUGACAAUCAACAGGGUCGCAUCGAUGUUACACAGCUAUUUGAUUCCUAUGACGACAUCAAGAACCCAAAGAGACCCACAGAUCAGUUCAAGAAGGGGGAUGUCAUUGACGUGAAGAUUAUUGGGUUUCAUGACACUCGUAACCACAAGUUCCUGCCUGUCACGAACAGGAAGACGAAGCAGGUCGUGUUGGAGUUGUCUGCUAAGAAAUCGGACUUGGGUCUGGGAGCAGUCAAGCCUCUGACUCUGAGCAACGUGAAAGAAGGAGAGAAACAUCUGGUUUUCAUCAACAACUCCGCUAGAGGAUUCCUGUGGGCUGGUAUUUCUCCUGUAAUCAAGGGAAAGCUUUCGUUGAUGGAUUUGUGCGAUGAUGCUUCUCUUCUGGAGAACUUGGAAGAGGAGUUCCCUGUUGGAUGCGCUUUGAUGGCUACCAUAAAAGAGAUCGAAGUGGAAAAUGCAACCGUGACUUUCUCUGCCAGAUCUAAGCCAAUUCACUCCAUCGCUGAUAUCUCUGUUGGCGAUGUCGUUCCUGCAAAGGUGUUGAAGACCAGAGAAUCAUACCUGUUGAUUCAACUAUGUGACACAGUCAACGCUAUAUCCUUCAUAACCGAUGCUUUGAACGAUUACUCUGAGAAGCUUGACAGUGUGUUCUCUACCAAUGAUAUCUGUGCCGCAAAGGUGUUGGAGAUCGACUCAGACUCUUCUAAGGUGUAUGUUUCUGUCAGAACUCAAGACACCAAGGACAAAUUGAUUACUUCGCUUGAAGAUGUGAAGCGUGGUGAUGUUUUGCGUGGAUUUGUCAAGGCCGUCACCGACAAAGGUGUUCUGAUAGCGCUUGGUCGCAAUAUUCAUGCCUUUGUCAAGGUUUCUGAUCUUUCCGAUUCCUAUAUCAAGGAAUGGAAGAAGACCUUCCAUGUUCAUGAUCCUGUUCAAGGUAAGAUUAUUGAAGCCAAAGAGGAGAGCCGUAUCCUAAUGACUCUCAAAGACAGUGAGGUCAACGGUGAGCUCAACACCUUGAAGAGAUUUGAAGAUGUGGAGGUUGGAGAAAUCUAUGAAGGUUCUGUGAGACGUAUCACCGACUUUGGAGUUUUCGUCAAGCUCGACGGUACUCUGAAUAUCACCGGAUUGUGCCACCAUUCUGAGAUCUCCGACAAGAAGAUUAGCAGUAUAGAAUCUGUUUUCGGUGAAGGAGACAGAGUCAAGGUAAAACUCCUGGCCAAGGAUGACGCUAAAAAGCAAUUAUCCUUAGGUAUGAAAGCAUCUUACUUCAUUGAUGAGGUCGCCGCAGAUGAAGACAUCGAGAUGGAAGACAAUGCAGUUGAAUCGUCAGAGCAAUCUGAGGAGGAGAAGGUUGGUGACAACGACUCCGAGGACGAGUUGAUGGAGGAGGCUUACGCUGAACAGGAAUCAGGAGAGUCUGAUUCUGAAAGCGACAAGGAGGUCUCUAAAGAGUCUGCAGGUCCCGAAGCCCAGGUCAAAUCCCAAGGCGGAUUGUCAACUAAUGGUUUCGAUUGGACUGCUUCCAUUCUUGACCAGACCAUGGCCAACGACGAGUCGUCUGACGAAGAGGAUAUGGAUGACGAAAAGCCACAAAAGAAGAAGAGGCGUGCCAGUGUUGUGAAAGACAAGACGGCUGAGAUGAACACUCGUGCUCCUCAGUCCGUCUCUGACUUCGAGAGAUUGUUGAUCGGUAACCCCAACUCCUCGAUUUUGUGGAUGAACUAUAUGUCUUUCCAACUUCAGCUGAGUGAGAUUGAAAAGGCCCGUGAAAUUGGCUCUCGUGCUCUCAACACCAUCAACUAUCGUGAAGAGCAGGAGAAGCUGAACAUUUGGAUCGCUUUGCUCAAUUUGGAGAACUCUUUUGGCUCUGAUGAAACCCUCGAAGACACUUUCAAGAGGGCCUGCCAGUACAUGGACUCUUUCACGAUCCACCAAAAACUCGUGGGUAUCUUCUCGAUUUCCGAAAGAAACGACAAAGCCGAGGAACUCCUUAAGACCAUGACCAAGAAGUUUGGCUCUGAGGUCUCCGUGUGGGUUUCCUAUGCUUCGUUCCUGCUAGACGCUGGAAGACAUGAUGAUGCUCGUGAAGUCUUGGCCAGAGCAUUGCAAGUUCUGCCCAAACGUUCUCAUAUCGAGACUGUCCGCAAAUUCGCUCAAUUGGAGUUUUCCAAGGGUGACUCCGAGCAGGGUCGUUCCCUAUUCGAGGGAUUGAUCACGGACGCAGCUAAGCGCAUUGACCUGUGGAAUGUGUACAUCGAUCAAGAAAUCAAGAGAGGCGAGAAGGCCAAAGCUGAGAUGUUGUUCGAGAGAGUUUUGAAUCGCAAGCUUUCUCGUACACAAGCCAAAUUCUUUUUCAACAAGUGGCUAAACUUGGAGGAGGACAAGGGUGAUGACAAGGGAGCAGAAUACGUCAAGGCAAAGGCUGCUGAGUAUGCCCAAAACAAUCAGUGA